AUGUUUCAGGACCAGAAAAACAAGCUUUACGAUGAGUAUGCACAGGCACUUCUCAGCAAUGAAAAAGCGUACAAAGCACUAAAAAUGGAGCAGGAGGUGUACAAGCAAACACAUAAGCAAUUUGAAAAGAGCGAAAGGGACAUAAAGGCACUGCAGACUGUUGGGCAUAUCAUUGGAGAGGUGUUGGAAAAGCUGAGUGAUGAAAAGUUUAUAGUUAAGAGCAGUCAAGGGCCAAGAUAUGUGGUUGGGUGCAUGAAAGCAAUCGACAGAAAAGAAAUAACAACAGGAACACGUGUUGCACUUGAUAUAACAACGCUGACGAUCAUGGUUGUGCUUCCCAGGGAGGUUGACCCGAUGAUAUACUCGAUGGGGGAGGAGAAUCCGGGAGACAUAUCCUUUGAGUCUGUUGGGGGGCUUAGGGACCAGAUCAGAGAGCUUAGAGAGGUGAUUGAGCUUCCGCUGAAAAACCCGGAGAUAUUCAGAAGGGUUGGAAUCAAGGCGCCAAAGGGUGUUUUGUUGUAUGGGCCUCCGGGAACCGGAAAGACGCUGCUAGCAAGGAUAGUUGCAUCAACAAUGGAUGUGAAUUUCUUGAAGGUGGUGUCCUCUGCAUUGAUUGAAAAGUACAUUGGGGAGUCUUCAAGGAUGAUAAGAGAAAUGUUUGCAUAUGCAAGGCGAAAAGCACCAUGCAUAAUAUUCAUGGAUGAGAUUGAUGCGAUUGGAGGAAAGCGAUCCAAGGACUCAAGCUCCUCAGAUAGAGAGGUGCAGAGGACGCUAAUGGAGCUUCUGAACCAGCUUGACGGGUUCAAUGAGCUUGACAAUGUAAAGGUGAUCAUGGCAACAAACAGGCCCGACAUUCUUGAUCCGGCCUUGCUAAGGCCUGGAAGACUCGAUAGGAAGAUCGAGAUACCUCUUCCUAACGAGCAAGGUAGAAAGGAAAUAUUGAAGAUUCAUUCGAAGGAGAUGAACUCGAUUGAAGAGAUCGACUACGAGAUACUCAUGAAGUUGACGGCAGGGUUCAAUGGAGCGGAUCUUCGAAAUGUGUGCACUGAGGCUGGAAUGCUUGCCUUGAAGGAUGAAAGAGACUAUGUAAAGCACGAGGACUUUGUAAAAUCAGCAAGGAAAAUAGCAAAUACAAAGAAGCUAGAGACCAGGAUGGAUUAUAAGAAGAAGUAA